UGAUUCCUGCUAUAACUGGUCGUUCGGCCCCUGGAGAACUGGAAAGAAAACUCUUCUCCUUACCAGCCAGACUUGGUGGUCUGGGAAUCACAGAUCCAACUUCAUUGUCUUCUGAAUACUUAAACUCUCGAAAGAUGACUGCACCGCUUGUUGACUUCAUUUUGAAUCAGGAGAUCACUCUAGGAGAUGCCCCAGAUCAACAGGAUUCUCUCAAAAAGCAAAUUCGCAAGCACAAAGGGCUAGAAAUCAAAACUCUUGCUGAUAAUGUUCGAGAUAACCUCUCACACCAACAUAAAAGAAUGUUCGAGUUAGCAAAUGAAAAGGGGGCAUCAAACUGGCUCACAGUGCUGCCAUUGGAGGAUCACGGCUUCUCAUUACAUAAGUCAGCAUUCAGAGAUGCUCUAUGCCUCAGAUAUGGAUGGGUCCCCCCUCAUAUGAGUGAAUCUUGCCCUUGCGGUGGAAAAAUGUCAGUGGAGCAUGCUAUGUCCUGCCCCACGGGAGGCUUUCCAACUAUACGCCAUAAUGAAAUCCGAGAUAUGUUUUCUCAUCUGUUGUCUGAUGUCUGUCAUGAUGUGGAAACGGAGCCCACGUUGCAAUCACUAAGUGGAGAGACGUUCUCUUUACGUUCAAGCAGUCGAGAUGAUGAUGCAAGAUUAGACAUUUCGGCAAGAGGUUUUUGGGGAGGAAGAUUUGAGAAGACAUAUUUUGAUGUCCGGGUGUUUAACCCCAAUGCCACCUCGUACACAUGUUUUGAAGUUGCAUCAUGCUAUAGAAGACAGGAACAAGAGAAGAAAAGGAAAUAUGAAGAAAGACUGAGAAAAGUAGAAAAUGCUUCCUUUACACCUAUUAUCCUUUCUUGCACUGGUGGCAUGAGCAAGCUUACAACGUCAUUUACCAAAAAGCUGGCCUCAAUGAUAUCUGAGAAAAAGGACACUCCAUACGGUAGCGUGAUCAACUGGCUAAGAUGUCGACUCGGGUUCGCACUCCUAAGAGCUUCCAUAAUGUGCAUCAGGGGCAGCAGGUGCAAACGCUACGUCAGGCCGGAAAACAAUAUUCUCCUGGCUACGUCUGAGGGGCACCUGGCCUCCUCAGCUUAGUGACUUUACUGUACAUGACAUAGUAGUAGUAAAAGUUGUACUAUUGUAUAUGACAGUAAUUGUUUAGUAGUAGUAAUAGUUUAUUGCCAUUCGCUGUAGGUUGCCGUUUGUAUAUACGUAGUC